CGCCUUCCUGUCGCGUCACCUCUUCCUUCCCCACCUUCGUCUCUUCUCCCCUUCACCCCUUUCUGGCUUUCUCUCCUCCCCCGCGUCCCCGACUCCUGCCGGAAUUCGAGAUCCCGGAGGUUGCUUCCCAAGGGCUCCUCCGCUCCGCUUGCUGGAUCAAAACAAUCGUGCUCUCGCCAGAAACCCCGGCUGGAACCCAGCCGGACCAAGCCCUGUUCGCCGUGAGCGCGGUGCCCAGGCCGGGCCAGAUCUGCGAGAUCCGCACCGACACCGCCACUCCUAUCACGAGGUGGAUGCUCUCGUGAUCUCUCGGAGGCCGCGGGGACUGAGCGGCAUCUCGGCGGAGGCGUGGCCUGCGUAGCUGGUGGCCUGCCGAGAUGCAGCGGAACGGGGUGGUGGAAUGCAGCGUGUGCCGCUCCCGGGUGGUGGUGCCGAGCCCCCGGAGCGUGUCCAGGGCAUACGACAAGCACCGCAGCAAGAUGUCGUCCAAGUUCCGCGCGCUCAACGUCUUCCUCGUCGUCGGCGACUGCAUCCUUGUUGGUCUCCAGCCCAUCCUAGUGUUCAUGUCAAAGGUUGAUGGGAAGUUUCAGUUCAGUCCCAUCAGUGUUAACUUUCUGACAGAGGUUAUGAAAGUCAGCUUUGCUAUCGUGAUGCUCAUAAUUCAGUCUAGAAAGCAAAAGGUUGGAGAAAAGCCACUUUUGGCACGCUCAACCUUCAUACAGGCAGCCCGUAAUAAUGUACUUCUAGCUGUUCCUGCUCUUCUAUAUGCCAUCAACAAUUACCUAAAAUUCAUAAUGCAGUUGUACUUCAAUCCUGCGACUGUGAAAAUGCUAAGUAACCUAAAGGUACUGGUUAUAGCUGUUCUUCUGAAAUUUAUAAUGAGACGAAGAUUCUCAGUUAUUCAGUGGGAAGCUCUUGCUCUAUUGCUUAUUGGAAUCAGCAUCAAUCAACUCCGAACUGUACCCGCGGGCAAUACAGCAUUUGGUCUUCCUGUCACUGCUAUUGCAUACAUAUAUACACUGAUUUUUGUAACUGUUCCUUCAAUGGCUUCUGUCUACAAUGAAUAUGCCUUGAAAAGCCAAUAUGACACUAGCAUUUAUCUCCAGAACUUGUUUCUGUAUGGAUAUGGAGCAAUAUUCAACUUCCUUGGCAUUCUCGGGACUGCCUUAUUCCAAGGGCCAGAAAGUUUUAACAUUCUUCGAGGACAUUCAAGGGCCACAAUGUUUCUCAUAUGUAACAAUGCUGCACAAGGCAUUCUAUCUUCAUUCUUCUUUAAAUAUGCAGAUACAAUUUUGAAGAAGUAUUCGUCAACUGUUGCCACAAUAUUUACUGGCCUAGCUUCUGCUGCAUUCUUGGGGCAUACCUUGACCAUUAAUUUUCUCUUGGGCAUAUCAGUGGUGUUUAUUUCAAUGCACCAGUUCUUCUCUCCACUUGCUAAAGUCAAAGAUGACAAACCAGCUGACUUAAUAGAGUUGGAAGAUACACAAAAUCACCGGUCAUCUGAAUCUUCUUUUGUAAAUAUGACUGCUGGUGCCGCUGAUGAUGCGAGCCAUCGGAUUGGAACUGAUGAGAGACAACCACUGUUGCCUACAUGAACUAGUUUCUUGAGGUAGGAUAGAAGCUAUUUUUUUUCCGUGUGAGCAGCAGAUUUCAUGUAGCAUUUGAGUUGAAUAAACUAUUGUACACUGUAAAGUCAAAAGAAAGAAAGAAAGUACCAACGUGUUCUCCAAUUUCUUCUUUCAUUUUUGGGAUGAUGAGGCGGGUGGCCGGCCAUCAGUGGCCGUGGGAGUGACACAUCAGCAUACAUUUUGAUAGGCAUAUAAUUCAAUAGGGAUUUUCCAGAUACGAUACUUGUAACAACAAAUUUUCCUGGAGCUGUAUAUGAACAACAGCGAAUGUGAUAAUCUUUUUUUGUACGGAACCUUUUCUUUAUA